CGCUGAUUGGCCGCCGCCUUCCCGCUUCCUUCUCCCCGCCUGAGAACCCGCCAUUUUGAAAACCUUGUUGAUUCCGGGGGAGAGGGAGGGACGGAAGGAGGGCGAGAGAGAGUGACCGACCGACCGACUGACUGUCCGACCGACCGCCGCGGGACGUGUGUGUGUGUGUCGCUGUGUGCCGGGGCGCAAGGCUCUGCCCCUUCCCUGUGCCCUCCCCCCCCCUCUCCGGUAAUUGUCGUCUCCAGCUCCCGUUGCCGCUUCAGCCGCGCCCGAGGAAGGAGCCAGAAGCCGGGGCUCGAGCCGAGAACCAUUCACCAUGUCUUCCACGGUUUCAUCAAAAGAAGAUACAAUGUCUUCUGAAAAAGCAGAUGAGAAAGAACCUGAAACUGAAAACAAAGCAGAGGAAAGUGAUGAAGAUGAAGAAGAGGAAGAGGAGGAGGAGGAAGAAGAAAAGGAGAAGAGUCUCAUUGUUGAAGGAAAAAGGGAGAAAAAGAAGGUAGACCGAUUGACCAUGCAAGUGUCCUCAUUACAGAAGGAACCUUUUACAAUUACACCAGGAAAAGGACAAAAACUCUGUGAAAUUGAAAGGAUACAAUUCUUUCUGAGUAAAAAGAAGACAGAUGAACUUAGGAACCUGCACAAACUCCUCUACAACAGGCCAGGCACUGUUGCUUCCCUGAAGAAGAAUGUGGGUCAGUUCAGCGGGUUUCCAUUUGAAAAAGGAAGUGAUCAAUACAAAAAGAAGGAAGAAAUGUUAAAAAAAUUUAGAAAUGCUAUGUUGAAAAGUAUCUGUGAAGUUCUUGACUUGGAAAGAUCAGGAGUUAAUAGUGAGCUGGUAACCAGAAUCUUAAACUUCUUAAUGAAUCCAAAAUCUUCAGGCAAGCCAUUACCAAAGUCAAAAAAAACACCAAGCAAAGGUGGCAAAAAAGAACGCAGCAGCACUGGAACAACAAGAAAAGCCAAACGCACCAAGUGCCCAGAGAUCUUGUCAGAUGAAUCCAGUAGUGAAGAAGACGAAAAGAAGGAAAAGGAUGACUCUUCAGAAGAGAAAGAAAGUGAAGAUGAGCCCCCUAGAAAGGCAUCUAAAAGAGAAAAAUCUAAAAAGAUUACUUCCAAACCGAAGAAAGCUGUGAAAGGUGCAAAUGUCAAGAAGGCAGAUAGCAGCACUACUAAAAAAAAUCAGAACAGUUCUAGAAAAGAAAGUGAGUCUGAUGAUAGUUCAGAUGAUGAACCUUUAAUUAAAAAGCUGAAGAAACCACCCACAGAUGAAGAACUUAAGGAAACUGUCAAAAAAUUGUUGGCAAAUGCAAACUUGGAGGAGGUCACAAUGAAACAAAUUUGCAAGGAGGUGUAUGAAAACUACCCUAGUUAUGACUUAUCUGACAGGAAAGACUUCAUUAAAGAAACAGUCAAAGAGUUGAUUUCAUGAUCUGUUUAAACUGUGGGAAAUGAAGAUUCCUGGUUCUGUGCUUCCAUGGAUUUUUGAAAAUCUGAUAGGCACCAGCAAAAGGAAUGUGUCUUACCCUUGUGGUAUUUAGUAAGAGCUGAUUCUGCUGAUCUAAUGUUAAGAGUGUUGAUGUAAAUUGCUUUGUGUAUCUCUGGUUUGGUUGUUGUUUUUUGUUUUUUUUUAUAAAAAACAAAUCAACAAAACUGCAUUUGAUGCAAUUUUUAGUUGAAUAUACUUAAGUUUUGUGCAUGGCAAUAACUGAUCCCUUUUUUAUAGUUUUUGUACAUUUUGAAUUGCUUUGUAUUACCAAAUUCAUUAGUACCACUGAAGCUUUUUAGUGUGGAUUAUUAGCUUGCAGGAGAUUUUAAAACAAGUAAGAUGAAAGCUGCUUAUCUGUAUGUAUACAUGCUGAGACUGGAAUAUUGCAGUAUUGGUUAUAAAGGUAUUUUUUUAAUACAUACCCAUUCUGAAAAUAACAAGAAUUAGUCACAUGUUAAUGGCUUUUAUAUUCUAUUACAUUCUACAGAUGAAGAAAUAUUCUAAAUCUAGAUGACUGUCUUGCAUGUGUAGGCAGAGGGACCUUUCAAAGCAUGGUAACUAAUUGGCAUAUAGAUGUUAUUUUUGUACUUUUAAGAGGCUUACUGUUGUGUAAAUACAGUUGUUUCAGAUUUCUUUUGUGCAGAUCAGUUUUUUAAUCCUGUUACUUUAGGAUUUAUGACAUGAAAUGCCAGUGUUCAGCAGUGAGGCUGUGAGGAAAAGUGAUAUGCAAAAAUUUCAUGAAACUACAAAGGGGCUAAGGUUUUACAGUGUUGGCCCCAUCUUUCCUUGUACAGAAACUGUAGUUUUAUACUGAAGCUUUUCAGCAUUCAACUUUGUACAAAAGACUACAAAUACAUUUGUUUCAAUAGCUAGUAAAAAAAAAAACCUUCAAAUUAUAUAGGAAAACUUCAAAAGUUCACUUUGCAAAAAACCUUUUAGUUUAGUGUCUUGAAUGGAUGGCCUAUCAUCUUGGAAGUGGGUAUCCAAGAUGCACAGUUGGGAAGCUUGAUAGCUUUGGAAUUCCAGAGUGGGACUUGUGAAUCAGGCAGCACUGACAGGUGUGGGUAAGGUCUCCUGUAUGGAAAAGCUCUCCUGAACAAGAGCCCUGGUGCCUCAGCAUGGACAAUGGUACUUUAAAGCCUGCAGUCUUGAACUUUGGCCCACAGCUUUUCAGAUCAAAGUGAACUCUUUGCAUAAAGUGGUUAUUAAGGUUUCUGUUCUCCACGUACCUUGUUGGUAAUAUGGGAAGUUCUACACUUAGAAAUCAUGCAACUAAUCAUUGUCAAAGUGUGGGCUGCCAUUAAUGCCAUAAGCACAGAAUCCCUCUGACUGUAGUAUUGCUGGAAAGACAAAGUGUAUUUUUUUGAAUUUUAUUAUUGUACAGUUGAGAAAUAAGGGUUCUUAAAUGAUCUAAAUUCUGAAAACGUUCAGCCAGUUAGUCUUAAUCUUCACACACUUUGAAAUUUAUUUGCGUGUAAUCAUUUAUAAUAAGGCUGAAUGUAAUGGGGGGGUUUUGUAUUCAAUAAAUGUCUUUCACAAAA